AUGGAUGAAGCAUACAAGCUCACUUCUCCAGAAAGGAUCCAGCUGUUGGAGAAAGAACUGAUGGCACGACUAGCCCAACUAAAGUUGGAGCUAGAAGCACAAGCGCCUCUCCAGGGAACAGCUAACAGAGCAUACAGCUCUAUUCAAAUACCAAAGGACAUGUCUUACUUUAGAAGAGAACGGGAACUAACACUGAGAAACACCCUACAGGUGGCCACGGCCAAGCCUCUUGUUAUUCAGGCAGAUGACCUGCAGAGGGAGCUAGAGAGCUGCCUAAGAAGAGAGUACACGCCAGAAAACUUACCUCUGCUUCUGUUGCAGCAUUACCCAGAGAAGACCGCCCAGCUGGCUCAGAGCGCACACUUACACAUGCUGAGGUGGCAGAAGUUUUGCCGGCACAGUCAGAUCACGGAGCAGCUUUAUCCUCUCUAUAAGAAGCAAGUGGGCUACAUUACACAGGAGUACCAUGACGCCGUUCAGAGAGCUGAGAGAUUGUCUGUGGCCUGAGAAAACUUCCUCGUGGGCAGACCCAACCCUCCUCUGUUAGUAACGCAGGAAGACUUAACCAUCUACAUGCGGUGGCUCGUGUGCCACUUGCACUCUCUGCGGACAGUCCACCACCACCUGCAGGUCCUCCAAUAUCUGCCCAUCUCCAAAGUGCUGAGUGAAGCUGAAAGCCAUAUACCUGAGGUUGGUUGUGAAAGUGAGAAGGUCAGCGCCAAUGACAUCAACCCUGACAGCCAGGGUUCUGUAGCCCCUGGCUCCACGGACACCACCAGUUCAGGGCCAGUGAGAAUGGAGGUUGCUGGUGCCCUGCCCCAAUACACAACAGAAGCAUCAGCCCUGAAGCCUCAGCUGAGAAACCUGCUCGCCCAUUUCCACAUCCCCUAUGACGUGGAGGAGCUUGGGGAUGCUGCAAAGGAAAUGCAACUGUUUUCUCAGGUUUCCCACAAAUUUCCAAGCAUCUUCAUGGAACAACAGAGAAUGCAAACGUUUCCUGACUAUGAGGCUCAGAGAGUGACUGCCGAGAAUUUGGGUCUGGUGGCACCUGCUUUGGCCUUAAAAAAGAAAGCCAACUGGAUUCCCUUUGUAAAGAUCAAGCCGAAACAUGAUCCUUGGCAAAAGAAACUUCUGACGCAACUAAGAGAGCGGAGAAAAACGGAUGUAUUAAUGCAGUUGCAAGCCAAGUUUCUAAAGAUUUCUGACCCUGAGCAAGUAAUGCGGGUGCUCCACAAUCAUGCUGCAAAGACCAUCAUGCUGAUUCCACAUCACCCAACUUCCGUGACUUCCCAGGGUUUGCCUCAGUGCAGCUAUGAUCAAAUCUGGGAGAAUAUUUACAGCAACAUCAGCCUCUACCAGUGCAGCUUUUUAAAGAGUACCACUGGCAUAUAUGAAUUUUCUGAACCCUUUGAGAGGAAAGAUCUUUAUUGUAUUUCUCCUGCCUACCCAAAGUAUGACUAUGCCAAGACCUCACAACUGCUGGGUUUGGAUGACGGGGCUGAGCCCAGUGGUGGGAAUUCCAUCCUGAUGAGAGGGGCCUACUUGUCUUUUCUGUACCUGCGCCACCUGCGGAUCAGGGAGCUGCAGCGCAUCUGUUUAGGGGUCCUGAACUACUUCAUAUCCAUUGAGCGAACCCUGAUCAUCAACACUGCAGGUCUUACUGUGGUUUCAGGGCACAUGGUCCCCUCCAUGGAAGAUAGCUCCUUUAUAAAGAUAUCCAAUGGAGGUUUGGGCCCCUUGCAUGGCCUGGAAACUCACCACUAUGUCCACAGGUCAUCUGCUGAGCACAAGGGCCCCUGCACCCCAUUCCUGGAGUUCUCAGAUGUGGAGAACCAGGAAGACUAUUACAGCACAGUGGCUGGUUGCAUCCACAGCCAGGACCAACACAGCAUGUAUGUGAUGUAUGAUGAGGCCCUGAGCGACCUGCAGGGGCUGGAGGCUGAGCUCCUGCUUGUGGCCAGCUACUACAUCCAGAAAGGAACAGGUCACAAAGAGGGCGGCCAGGUUGAAAGUGCCCAGCCCCGGGGAUGGUCCCACAUGAGUGUGGACAGGUUUGCUGUGCUAUAUCACUUAUGGUCUUGGGAAGCAGCUCUUCUACAGAACAAGCACCAGCUUCUUGCUUGCUACUUCGAAGCCUACCAGCACACGUUGGACGCUGAAGAGAGGUUUGCCUUAGCUCAAGUGAUGACGGACAUUAUGCAUCGCCGCCCCAGGUUUGAUCUUGGCCACCUGUAUUUCAUUAAGGCCUACCAGGAUGAAUGCACCUGCCUGAGGCUUCACCGGCAACUUGUGACAGGCAUGCUCAACCAGCACAUAGAGCAUCAGCGCGAGUAUGUCCAGAGCCUUUGGCAAGAAGAUCGUCUGGAUGAUAAGAACAAGUUCGGCCUUCCCCUCAGCAUCAUUUGCGAGCAACUGAUUUCCAUCAACAAGAGCUGCCCAGGUUUGCAAAACAUUUACCUGCUGGAGUUCCACCCUUCCCUUGGCCUGGUCACACGCAUCCCCAAAGCCCUGGACCAGCUCCUCCUGGAGGCCCAUCGUGCCUGUGGACCCCCAUCAGCCAGCAGCCUGGCCCUGCUGGAGCAAUGCAUCCUGCGGCUGGCACUGGACCUGUGCCUCUCCCCAGCCCAGCCUGAGACUUGGUACAGUGCACGACUCCAGACAGAUCUGUUUUUGGCUAACGUGAUGGACGACCCCCGGCUGGUGGAAGAGAUAGGCCUGCUGGCCCUGCAGUCUGCAGCAGUAGCAGAGGAACAUGUUCAAGGGCAAGGGGCUUCUGGGCUGCUACUGGACAUGUUCGCCAGACUGUUGGAACUCCUGACCCUCCGCCACCGGUUGAUUGAGAUGAGCAUGGCAAGUGCGCACUUAGCUAGGCUCUAUAAGGAGUUGGCACAGGAAAUGGGUUUUGGAGAGUUCCAUUUGUAUCUGAGGCCUGUUGCAUUCGCAUCCGUAUCACACCAGGAUAAGGUAGACCAAUCACCACCCAUCCUUUUAACCUCCAUGCUGGAAGACAGUGGUCACGUAGACAGGUAUUCCUCUCCUGCUUUCAUCUUAGCCAUCUCUGAGGUGGAUGACAACCAAGUCGGCAAAUUUAGUUUUUAUACUAAGGAAGCCGUCCUUCAGCUCUUGCUUCAUUCUGGAGUGGAAAAUUUGCAAGUGACUCUUGCGUGCCAAACGGCUCAGAAAAAUGCUCUGAUGGUGGCUGCCCAGCAGAUGUUCUUCUACCAUACCCCUCGGGGGAGGGAAGAUGCAGAAGCCUCAGGCAAGCCACCAAGACUCCCAGAAAACACAAAGCUGCCCUCUCCUUGCUCCCUUCCUUCAGCUCUUCCUCCGGGCCUUCUCCCCACCCCCUUCUUUCUGUUUUUUCUUUCCUUGGCCCUCUCCUCUUCUUCCUCUUUUCUUUUUGAAAGAAGUUCAGAUAUGCAGAAUCCUGGUAAAAUGGGUCAGUCCAGAAGAAGAAAUUCUAGGAUUGUUAAUGACAUGGAAAGUCCGUUGAUACCUCCAACCCCAAGAGCCCCAGAUGCACCCACUCAUUCUUCAGAAACAUUCCAGACUUCUAAAAGAGUUCCUGAGGCUUUUGUGUCAAUUCAACUGGAAAAGGCAGGACUGCGGGACAUGAUGCUGAAUGACUUCCUCCUUAGGAAACAGACUCUGGGCGAUAAGAUGGAGAACCCCGAUGAAAUUGGAAAAGUCAAGAGGGAUCUUAUAGUUGAAUAUUGUCAGAAGUUGAACCGCCGCAUGUCUCACUAUGCUCUCCGGGGUCAGAUCAUGGCAUACUGCAACAGCCUGAGAGCACUACUGGACGAGUUCCCCACCAUCAGGGACACCUUCUUCAUGAUGGGACAGCCGCAGGAGAAGAAAGGGCUGAGGGACUCCCAGGAAGACCUCAAGGUUGACCCCAGCAGAAGUUUUCAACCCCGAUCCCGGGGUUUGCUGUCCCCUGAUGGAAAAUUAUUCCUCAAUUUGUGGUUCCUAGCACACCCUUCUGAAGUGCUGGUUAUGUUUAGAACUCUGCCAGAAAAGGCAGCCUUCAGAGCCUUACGGCUAACUCUACAGCUGGUGGCUUCUCUGCAUGACAUUGUGGCCUACCUUUUCAGUUUCGCUAAACUGGGCAACUGUCCAACUUCUUUUGAGCUUCCUCUGAGUCCAAGCCCUUGGAGAGGUGACUGGGGAGGACUGGAGGGCAUUGGGUCUGAGCUGCGGGAGCUGCAGAAAAUGAUUGACAGCCUCCCAAGCCCCCAGGACCCGGUCCAGGUUUCCCAGGCCCUGCUCCUCCAGAGGGAGAUCUUAUUGCUGCAGUUUGAUGCUGCCGUACGGCACCGCAUCCGAAACACAUUUUUGGCAGCUGGAAAUCUGCCUGCCUACCAGUCCAUCACAGCUGGCAUGCACCAUGGGCUGCCACCCCUGAGCAGCUCUCUCACAAGGAGCAUCUUCGCUUCCCAGCUUGGUCUGCCCCCGCCUCUGGAUCCCCGGAGCCCCCAGCUGUGCCUCUGCGGGCUGAGUGACAGCGACCGCAAGGUAGCUUGCAGAGAGCUGGUGGGUGUGCUUCUGAACAGUGAGCCUGCGGUCCCUGGGGCUCCCCCAGAUCACCAAGCCACUCCGGACAGACAUCCACAGCCAAGCCGAAUGGAAAGCAGCACCAAGACCUCCUUGCUGCCAGAGGCUCCACAUGAUGUGGUUGCCUCCCUGACUUUGCUGAGAUCAUUCCUGGUCCUGUGGAAGCAACUGGAAGUACUCAAGGAGCACUGGGGCCGACUGCAGCUGCAAGGCGGGGACAUGAACUCCAUCUCCCUCCACAAGCAGUUGUCGGAGCUCUAUGAAACUGCCAUUCUCUACCCCAGCAUGAAAGCCAUAGCUAAGCAGAUGGGGAAGGAAGAUGAAUUUGAGGGACUUACCAUCAACUGUCAGUCUAUAUUCCCCCCUCAAGGAGCCUCAGAAAUGGAAAUUAAAACUCAGCAGCUUCAGAAACUUCUGGAAGAUUUUGAAAUUCACAUGAUCCAGGAGGUAUUAAGCAAAGUUAACAGAGAGAUGACACUGGUUUUGUCUGAGAAGUCCAAGAAAGAAUGUACUCUCCCUACAGAUCUCUGGAAACACCAAGGCAUGAGAGAACACUUUCCCAUCUCCAGACCACAAAUAGUUGAAAAAUUUGUACAGCGAUUAAUGCAGAACUGCAAAGACAGUGGGCCAGAGAUCACGUUCAGAAAGGACCACCUCAAGGCCUGCCUCCUUUCCCUGGGUUGUGACGUGAUGGUGAGAGAGCGCAGCAGCUUCGAGACCUACUCCAUGUGCUGCGAGCAGCUGCUACAGCACACAAGGCAGAGGCUGCACCAGAAGGAACAGGAGUUAGAUGUCCUGCAGAGAAGACAACAUCCACCCAAAGACAGAGCCGCUCAGCUGGCUGAACUCAGUCAUGAGAUCAUCAUGGAACUCACUGCUCUGAGAGCCCAACUCACAGACAUGGAAGAAGAGAAUCUGAAUCUCAAUACACGGAUUAGAAAAGAAGUCCAGGAAGAGUACGGAGCCUUGGUCCACGCUUUGUUUGUGACCUGUUUACAUAUCAAAGAGACACUGGAUAAGAAUCAGUUUCAUCUGAUCCAGGAAGUGUACAAGCUCAUCAGCCAAGUGAGAGCAGAAAGGAUCGACAGGCUGAAGGAACUCAAGAAAAACUGGGGCUCCACCAGGACAGAUGAAGGCAUGAAAGAGAAUGCAGCCCAAGAGCAGCUGCUAGCCUCUGAGCAGGACAACUGCCGCUUGGCCGCGUUGGUGUGCAAAGUGAGGAACCUGGAUCGCUGGAGGCUGGCCGGGCAGCAGGCACGCUUCCAGGGCCAGCUGAGCUGGGCGGAGAAGGAAUCUGUGCAAAGUAAGAAAGAGUGUCUGAACACCAAACUGAUGGCAGAACAAGAAGCAGCUUUGUUUCGUCAAGAGUUACAGGGUCUCAGGCAGGCCCUGGCCAGGGCUCAGGAUGACAACACCAGGAUGUGCAAACAGCAGGACAAGCAGGCUCGCUUGCUGAAGGAGCAGGAACACCGAGUGACCCAAGAAGCUCUCAGUCAGCAGCAGCUAGAGACCACAAAAGCUGGCAGCAUGCAGAAGCUCCUGGAAGAUGUAGGGCGCAAGGAACAGCAGGUACAGCUUCUCACCCACGAGGCAGAGAGGACCCGGAGACUGGGCCAGCUGCAGCAGAAGGAGAUGAAGCGAGAACUCUACCAGGUGAGAAGUGCGCUGGCUCGGGAGCGCAGUGUGAAACUGGAAGCCUUCCAGCGCGUGGAGGAGCUGCGAAGCCAGCUUCAGGACGCCGCGCUGGGCUCAGCGCGAGGCCUUCUAUCCCAGGCUCAUGGCUCCCUGUGCUCUGCUUCUACGUCAUCCAGACACUUCCAGCUCCGUGUUUUAAAGACAAAUCUUACAGACAGUCAGAUAACAAGAAGGACACAGAGGCCUAAGACUGUGCCUAUCAAACAUCGAAAAAGGAUUGAUGAUAUUGUCUUACCCAACGUGGCAGAAAAUGUUUCACUUACAACUAUUCAAGUUCAAACGGCUCCCUCCAGGAACCCAGUCAGACCCCGUUGGUAA